UAAAAGUAUCGCAAUAGUAUAAUGAGAAUUUCACUGAGCUCGACGUUCGCCCCUUUUAUAUUUAUUCCCCCUACCUCACUCCCAAGUCUAGUAUGGGUGCAGAUAAGUUGAAGGAAAACGUUUUGUCGAAAAAGUCCGUCUGCAAGAGAUGCUGUCAUUGAUAGAUUUGUAAUAUGAAAUAGAUUUUAGUGAAUAUGUAACUUGAUAUUUGGAAUUAGCAGUUGAAAGUGAUUUUAUUUAAUAAAAUUUAUUGAACUAAUUUAGAAUUUAUACUCAAAGGUAAAUAAAAGCAACGCACAUUGGACGAGAGCCCGGUAGACGGCUCAACUCGUCUGAGCAUGGCGUAUAAUAAUAGGAAGGUGAGUUAGGUCGUUACAGGCCGGCCAAGCGUCUAAUUCAGACCUAAAGCAAAAACCUCCAGUAUCCCAACCCUUGCGCAUCUCUAUCCACGAAAUUGGCAGAGUUUGUAUAAUCACCAUUCAGGUUUUAUAAUGGACAAAAUGGACUUGUCUUAAAAAUGCUGCAGGCUAGAAUCCACAAGUAGGAGAUCUACAGAUUGAAGUAAUGAUGACAAUAAAGGUAAAGUUUUGCAGGAUGACAUUGACACAAAAUAUACAACACGCUACAUCAACUAAAACAACAUUUGCCAGCCGCAUAUGCAUUUGCAUGGUAGGAUUCCAUUUGCGGCACCAUAUACAUAUAUCUCUGCAUUAUGGGAGUUAAAUUUAAGAAAAAGGGGACGUAAAAGGUACGCAUGCAAUGUAUCCAAAAUGAAUUCUGCACUUGAGGAUGAAUCUCCAAAAUUUGACCUGAUCAGAGGAUGGUCUAGGUGAUGAUAAUGAAUUCCGUACUUCAUCAUCUUCAAUGGGCUAGUUUCUUCAAGUGCUGCAGUAGCUUUGCUUUGAUCCAUUGCCGGUCAUAUGGGAGAUAAGCUUGAACUGAAUGGUCAUAGCUGCGAAUACAGGAAACAACUUGUUGGUCAUAUUGGAAUCAAUAAAAAAUUCAGACGAAUAGAAUUUGCCUAGCCAGCGAUACAAUACUGAGCCUUUCUUUCAAAAUCUAUUUGACUGACAAUAUAUCCACACAAGAAAAGAACUAGAGGAGUUGCAAAGUGGACAGUCUAAAUAACAAAGACAUACACAGCCAAAAAGAAUGUCCAGACAAGAUUGGAGUAUAGAGAGAGACAUACACCAGGGCACUCAUGUCUGCCAACCCAUCAAUGAAAUUGUAAAGAUCUGAAAUGUCAUAAUUAAUAUUCCUGAUUGUUGGGUUUAGGUCUUUGAGUUUCCUUUCAUACAGUCCACAAAUUCCUGCAGUCAGAACAAUACGGUCAUUUAUUUCAAACAAUAAGGAAACAUGAAUAACAAGACAUGACUGCCAGGUAAUCAAUAUACCUACUAACCACAAGGUAAUGAACAUUAAACAUCUAAUCAGGAGAACACCUCAUACACUUUCCAGAUUUCACCAGGAAUCUAAAAAGCAAGAGUUCAAUAGCUCCACACCAUCUACUUCACUAAAACAGAAUAUUUCACUGGUAUGGUCUUAUUGCAAUUUACUUAAUUCACCUAUUGCAUAAAAAAGAAUAUUUAUAUAGUAAGUGACCUGAUAUAGUCUCUGAAACACAGUAAAGAUAUGGACUUUUUAAAUUAAGGACAACAUAGCUCAAGUACAUUGGAAGCGGACUAGAAAAACCCAAACAUACUAAUGUCUUCACAAAAUCAAUGACUGCAUACCAUCCAUUGCCUGACUUAUGGAGUUAUAAUCCAUAAAGGUACGAGUUGCUCGGCUCUGUGAAGUCUGCAUAAGAACAAUUGUAUGCCUGUUCCCUGACUAUGUACAAGGAGAAGAUAUGUAUGGGGAUCAGAACACUAAGUUUAACACGUAAAUUAACAGCUAAAGCAGACACAAUAAAAAAGUAUCACAACAUAUUUUCUAAAGCAUGUUACACUACAAGUUAUGUUGCGUUUUGCUACCUCUCUCCAGUAAAUAUAUCAUUUAAACCUGUGCCUUACAAGUCAGGCGAUCAGUUUUGCAAUAUUUUCAAGUUAGGAAACAAAAAUUGGAUCUUGUAGCGAGAAAUGAUAUGAUAUCAAAACAAAACCCACGAGAGUAUUCUGGGCACUUCAUCACUCAAAAAAAGUAAGCUCUUUCUCCAGUCAAAGUAAGAUAGAGUAAGAUUUCCCAGACAUUAAAUGGGCGCAGAAUCAACAAAAGAGAGUCUUUUCCCCCCACACAAGUUCUAUCAAUAGAUCAUAUACCAUGGAUAUUAACCAACAUCAGACCCCAAAUGCCAGCUUCUGUCAUGCAAAUUGCAAAGAUAUACGAUCGAUGAGUGCCACAAUAGUGACAACAUACAAAACUUUGUUACUGAACACCACAAUAGGCAGGUCACACAAGUAAAAAUAUAAAAAGUCAAAAUGUUUGCGGAGUCCUUUCCUCCAAUAACAACCAAUGAAAACGGACAAUCAAACCAAUGUAAUCUAUCAUGCCGUUGUGAUGGCAAGUGGCAAUGGAGGGUACCAAACUUUUUGGAAACGAGCCUCGCACAACAAUCACGGGUACUAAUUUAUCACAGAAAAAAGGACUCUACAAAACAUCCAAAACUUUCAUUUCAUCACGCAAUCAUGAACUCAACUCCCAUCAAAAUUUGAGAAUCUUCAUAUAGAAAGGUAAUUCACACAUUUAUUAAAAAAAUAAGAUCAACCAGAAAAAUGCCACUUCAAUACUUUUGGACCCUGCAGUUGAGGCCAAUCAAAUGCGAAAAUCCAAAUGUUGUUUCUAAAGGAUUACAAAAGUUCCAUCGUGAAGAUUUUUUUCUCCCCUUUAAAUAAAAAACAACAUCAGUCUAAAAUUGAGCGCACAAAAACACCAACCGAUACCCAACCUAUGAGAAUCGAUGCAUAAGACGAACAGGCAUAUCAAACCCUAAUUUAAGAACUUUAUAUGAUAUACGUUACUUGAAAAAAAAAAACUAGACAAAAAAAAUUUUUCGAACAAAACUUACAAACUUAAAAACAAAUUUAACCCCAAAAAAAAAAAAAAAAUCAGAGACAAGCCAAAUAAGGCACUUCCAAACACACUUGCAUGAUCAACAAAAAUACGGGGACUGAAAAAACCUCGGAACACCCAAACAAGAACACACACACACACACAAAAAGACGAUGCAGGAUACGAAGAAAGUAAAUCCAAAAGAUUGGUAAAGUACCAUAAUUAGUUCAAAACGGAGAAGCUCUGGAAACCACUGCCCACACCACCGGUAGAGCGAAACUGUUACUGAACCGUGUGUAGGUGAGAGAGAAAACAAGGAGCAAGGGCAGGAGAGGACUUAAAAUUGGGAAAAAUAAAUGGACUAAUAGAGAUAAGGCCUAAACUCAAAUAUAUGGGCCGGCCCAAGUUCAUAUUUUCCUUUCAGCCAUUUUUUUAUUUUAUGGUUUUGAUUGAAUGAAGAUGAUGGGGAUGGAGGAGGAAUGUCCGUCCGGCACGUGGCAGUACCAGAACUGCAGAUCCUUUUGCUGGUUCGGAAUUCGGAUUUUUACAAUGGCUGAGUUCCCUACAGUUAAGGUUCAGUUGCAUGCAAUUUCUAAUCCCACUUUACAAAAGACUCUCUCUUUUUUGUUGUUCAGGCAUGGUGUAGGAUGAGGUGUUGAGAUGUUUUGGGUUGUCAAUAUCAAGUCUUUGACACUCCGUUGUAAUAAUUUCAGGUGAUGCCACUCUUUUCCUUUCCAAUUCCACCUUCCCCUCCACGCUGGGGGAAUCCCAGGCUUGAUCAUUUUCCAUGCUAGGAAUUUUGGGAUUUCCUCUCUUUUUCGACGGCAACAGUAUUAAUUCUUCAAAUCAUAUAACUGUUCUAAGUGUAUGACUUAGGUUUCAUGAAACCCACAUUGAUUUUUGAGUGUUUGGAGUCGUGAGUUAUAAAUUUUGCGGUAAUAUGCCAAUUGACUUUAUGAAGCCCCUUGGAUUUGUAGCUUUUAGGUGUUUGCUCAUUGAUGUCAGGACUGGACAGUAUUUUUGUAUUCUUCAAAAAAAUAAAUAAAACAAAAUUGUAGUGUUGAAGUAUAUGAGUUGGGACUUGGGUGUCCACUAAUCCACAUUAGUUUUGCUUGCGAGUUAGUUUCAUGCUUUUGUUUCACACAUGCGGCGAUUAAUGUAAACUGUGAUGAACCAGGCUGAAAUUCAUGUUAUCGACUAUUCUAACUGAAAUUGUUUUAUUUUAGUAACUUUAAUUGGUAGUUUGGACUUUCCAGUUGAGAAUGAUCCCAAUUGUGGUGUACUAUCUCCUUCCAACAACCUUUUUCCCUGUUUGGCUAACUAAAUUCCAGCCCUUAGGAUCCUCCUCUGAAUAAAUUUUUAGAGAACGCCUACUCCUGUUUGCCGGGUGAUGAGGAAUAGUGGGUUAAUGGGAGACGCUUUUAUUUGUCCAAAAUGCAAUCAAUUCAUAAUAAUUUGGCGUUGGCAAACUUCAAUAGUUAAUGACUGAUUUGAUUCAAGUAUUGCUACAUUUGGACUUUCUACAUACUAUGCUUGAUUCAUCUUUGAUGAUUGGUCUGUUGACUGAUACUUUUGCUGUCAUUUAGGCAGGCCCUAGAGUUAAAUGCAAUAUUUUAAGAAAUGAAGCUGAGAUAUCCUGAAAGUUUAAAUUCUAUCUACGUGCAUGGUUUGCGAUCCUGUUUGGACGGGCAUUAUUCCUCAUCGUCCUCCGCCGUGGAAAGAUCUUAUAGGAAACGUAACCUGGCAACAUCUAGCAGGCUUUGUCAUGCUCGAGCAUUUAGCUUGUCAUCUAACUCAAACAGGAAGAAUAAUAAUAAUGAUAUCACUAGCCCGGAUGAUCCCACGGCACUUGAUGCUUACAAACAGUCCAGCGAUAACCCCCAGAAUCUCGAUGAGGACAGCAGUGUUGACGGAGUUUCAAGAGAUGCUGCAUUUGACCUCAUUGAGGUAAAGGUUGAGAAAACUGGAAAAAACCGACGAAGGAUCAAAUCCAGUAUUUCAAUGAAGGCAAGCCUCCAGAGAGUCUGGAACAUCUUGACAGACUAUGAGAGAUUGGCGGACUUCAUUCCCGGCCUUGCUGUAAGUCAGCUGCUCGAGAAGAAAGACAAAUUUGCUCGUUUGUUUCAGAUUGGUCAGCAAGAGUUGGCAUUUGGAUUAAAAUUUGAAGCGAAAGGCGUAAUUGAAUGUUAUGAAGGUGAUCUUGAGCAGUUCUCUUGUAGUCAAAUGCGCGACAUCGAUUUUAAGAUGAUCAAAGGUGACUUCCAACUCUUUGAAGGAACCUGGUCCAUUGAGCAGGUGAUUUUGCACUUUCUUCCAUCACAUGAAUGUCCUUUGCUACAUCUUAUCAAAUAAGCGCUUUUGCCCCCAGAAAUUUCAUGAGCUUUUCAUUAGUUCUUUUUAGUUCCUCACAUUAGACUACGUAGAAUUCUAGCCCCUUGCACUCUCAAAAAGUGAUUUUUGCCUUUUGUCAGACUAAAAUUUUUUGUUCAGUUGCAAUGCUGGAUAUUGGGUUGCUUUGAUGAAAUGCAAUUCUAUAUUAGCCUCAAAAUGAGUACUAAUAUUGUCUUUGUUGGAUCGGAAGGUGAAGACACGAAGAGAAUCUCUAUCCAACUUCAGCAAUAGUCCUGCUGGUAGUGCAAUUCUAGGCCAAGAUCGGACUACAACUCUCUCGUACGUUGUGGAUGUGGAGCCUAAAAUUUGGCUGCCAGUGCAUCUUGUUGAAGGGAGGCUCUGCAGAGAGAUCAAAAUGAAUCUCCUGAGCAUAAAAAGAGUCGCUGAAGAAGAAGAUACCCUAUUUUGAUUAAAAUGUGCAAAGGUCUCCUGUCUCCCCAACAUUCCUCGUUUGGGAAUUACCUUUCUUUCUGGGUAUACUGGAAUUUUGUUGCAUGAUCUGUAAGCAAAUUUUCCACUGUAGGCAAGCGUAAUUAAUUCAUAUUUGCUAGUGGCAGGCUAUUAAUAAUUUGACUUGAGCUUUUUGAAACUCGCUGUGGCGGAGCUAAGAGCUAAGUUAUUAGGUCUUCCCAGAACUAGGGGCAAUACCUUCUGCGCUUACUCUUGUAAGUGUUAGAUGAUGACAACAAACUUGUACCUUUGUACUUUUCCACAUAUAUACAUACACGUGUGGUUAUAGCAAAUAUGGCUUCUUUUUAGUACAAAUUUUAAAACUCAAUGUAGACUAUUUUUUUUUUUUUUGGGAC